AUGGUGGAGAAAGAAGUGUCAAAAACUUUUAUGAAUCUGGCCAACUUGAUCAUCAAUGAUAAAGAAACGCAAACUCAAUUUUGGAGUUUAACUACUAGAAAUUGUUCUCAGUUUUUGUGUAACAACUUAUCAACAACCUACAACACUGAUAUUAAUGCUAACAUCAAUAACAUCAACAACAUAAACAACAACAAAAUUUUAAACAACACCUCUGACAAUGAUGUAACUGUUAUUGAUCUUAACAGUAACAAAAGCAGUAUUAACAGUAACGAAUUCAACAACAAAAAUUGCAACAACAUAUUUCUAUUACAUCCUAUGCCCACACAUCUCAACUACAGCAAUAACGUCAAUAACAGUAAUAAUAGUAACAACACCACCAUCAACAACAACAACAACAUUAGCACCACUACCAGCUCCACUAUCUCCAACACUUGCAAGGAGUCAGUCCUACGAAGGCGAAGAGUACGAUGUAAAAAAUGUGGCCCGUGCAUUCGGGGGGAGUGUGGGGAGUGCCACUACUGCAAGGACAUGAAGAAAUUUGGGGGUCUUGGCAGAAUGAAACAGACAUGCAUCAAUAGGCAAUGUCUUGCUGUGAGUUGA